GUGAGGCCAUCGUUUGUGCUGCUGGCAGAAUACUAGUGCGGUAUUGCACUUAUAUCUCCUGUUUUGAUUGUAGGUGAGAAGAAGUAGUGCUCAACUACAAUCCUGUACCUUGUUGACCAGAUCUACCCGGCCUGUCGACAAAAACAAUGGCGCUAAUCUCCCUCGAGGAUCUUGACGGAUUGGAGGAUGAAGAGCUGGACAAUGACAUCACUGACAACCCUGAGCCAAUGGAGGACGACGAGCAGCAGAGGCUGUACACCCAUUGGCAGGCGAUCGCCAGCACACACCAGGUGUCCGUCCCCCGAGAAAUGACAGGACCAAUUCAAGAGCUGACGCAGCGGAACCAAGCCCAAGAGAGAGAGCAGGUCCCCUUUUCCUCCAUCUCUCAGCAUGAAAAGAUGGGCAAGGUGCUGUUUGAGGAGAGGGUGUACCCUGCAGGGAAGUGGGCGUGCAUCAUUAAAGGGGAGAAGCUUUACGAGCAGAGCAUCUCCAUGGGCUUUAUGAAACUCAUGAAAUUCAUCUGCAAGGAAAACUCUGUCGGACGCUAUUUGGGAAUGACUGUACCCAUUGUGAACAGUAUCCAAAUGCUGGAGGACGGCAAUGGCUUUCAGAAGGACAUCUUGACGGCAUACUACCUGCCUGCUCAGUUCCAGGCCAACCCGCCCCAGCCAACGGACCCAGACAUCACCAUACUCCAAAGGGAGGCUUUACGAGUCAUCACCCUGACGUUCUUCGGCACCACCACGGAGGAGACAAUCAUGCCUCAAAUCAACCUGCUGUGGGAGAUGCUGGGCCCCAGCGAGGAGAUGCAUCGCAACUCCUACAUGGUGGCCGUCUACGACAACCCUGGGGUGUCCUGCCGCAGAAACGAGAUCUGGUUCAUCCGACGAGACCCCUAAAGCUCUCAUACCAUCCUCCUGUAUCAUCCUGACUCCCCCCCCCCCCCCCCCCCCAAUCCCACCCUUCUGUGCCCUAGGGUCAUGUUCAUUGGGCGCUAAACAGAAUAAAAGGGACAAACGGGGAAGGACUACCUGGACUUGGUCCAAUAAGCAGCACUCAUUUUUAGUUUCUGGUACAAAAUGUUUUUUUAUAAACUUUUGUUUUUGCGUGCCAUAAUGAACACAACCCAGAUGAUUCCUGUAAUGGAGAUAGAGUAUGGAUUAAAAUGGGAGGAAUGGCUCUUGGGUUGGUUUUAACUGUAAAGAUGACAAGAUUACUUUAAAGAUGGUAUUAGAUAUAUAGUAGGUAUGGAAAAUACUUCAACAUUCACUGAGAUUGUAUGUUUAUGCUCCAGGGGAGCACAAGGAAAGACUAACUUCAGUGGCAUUUAUACCAUAUACACAGCCAAAUAUGGUGUUUUAAAAUACAAGUAUAUUGUAUCUCUGUGAAAAACUGUCUGGGAAUUACAAGAGUUAACUCUUAUAUUUCCAUCACGUUUUAUCUUUAUUGUAUUUUUCUUGCUUUUUAUGUAACAAAUUAGUGAUCGAAUCAUUACAAACUAGUGUCACACAAUGUGUGAAACACACUGUUUUAGAAAUGGACUGAAAUUAAUUUACUUUUUAGAUUUGAGUAAUUUAGCAGAUGCUCUUAUCCAGAGCGAGUUACAGUAGUGAGUGCAAACGUUUUAAUAUUUUUUUUCGUAAUGAUACCAUAACGGUUUUCUAAACUAUAAUGGUUAUGUCUUGUGGGACUGUAACCUAUUACUAAAAUGUUGUAUUUGCUGUUGACUAGAGUAGGCAUCCAGGUUUAACUUUAUUAUUAUCCAUAGGUAAUUCUUACAACUUUAUCAUUCAAAGUUAUUUGCUAUGAUAUGUGGGUGUCCUCUUACUUUUAACUGUCUUUUUCUUUUUCUCUCUGCUAGUGAAUUUUACCCACACUCUGCUGCUUUACCAAGAUUUCGAGGCUGGUGUAGGGAUUUUGGGUAUAGGUGUCUGAAAGUAAACAACUGUUCUCAAAUGACUAUCCCCCAGCCUCAAUGAUAGACAGAUCUGUAAUUUGUUACCUUCAGUUGCCACUAGGUGUCAACCAAACAGUAACGUUUGUAAUGUUUUUUUUGUCUAUCCAUUUGCUUAUUGGUGAGUAACGACUAUCUCACAAAUGAAUAGAUUGGUUUUUGGUGAGGUUAGUUGUAAAUGGAGCUGAGACUGUGACCAGGCACUUUAGAUGUUGAGGAAGGCUCAAGCUUUAAGGCCGUCAUUGUAAAUAAGAAUUUGUUCAUAACUGACUUGCCUAGUUCCAUUUUACAAUUAUAAUUAUUUUUCUUUUUUGAAGAUUCAUAACUAUAGUUAAUGAUGGUUGGGGAAUGGAAGUUUAAUUAAAGUGACUUAUGAACAUUUGUUCAGCAUGGCCAAAUGAUGUGCUCUUACUGUGCUUGCCUCUUUUUUUCUAUACAUAUAUAUGCCUUGAAAUGUUCCCAGAAUAAGUGCAUUAGUUGUAUUUGUUUGCAUUCUCCAAUAAUUUGUAUGGUAUACUUUUGAUAUGUUAAAAUUGCACCCGUCCUCUCUUUUGUGACCUUGUAAUUAUAUGCUGUUAUCAAAGCAUACAUUUCAAAAUUGCAGUGUGAAUUUUUGUGGAUCGCUUCAAUUUUUAAAGCUGCGUGCGCUAUGUCACUUUUUGGGCGACCUGACCAAAUUCACAUAGAAAUGUGAGGAGUUAUAGAACUUUCAUUCUCAUUGAAUAUAAGUCUAAGACGUGGUAGGUCUGUUCUGUGUGUUAUUUCUAUGCUUCCCGUUCUAAAGUUUUGUUUUUGCCUCUUUUGGUUUUGUACACCAGCUAAAAAUACAAUAUUUUUGGUUAUGGAAAAUAUAUUUCAGAGCAGUUUAGAUGGUACAAUGAUUCUGUACACUAUACUUGUUUUGUCUCGUAAACAGAAAUGUAAAAUUUUUGCAACCAGGAACUGGCAGAGAGAUUUCUGCAUUAGGCAUCUUUAAACUACUUAAAAUAUUCCCAGAGUAAAUGAAUGGAGAUUUGAUAUACAUUUACACUUGUAAAUGUACAGUGCCUUCACAAAGUAUUCACACUAAUUUUACAUUUGACACAUUUUGUUGUGUUACAGCCUGAGCUAUUUGGUCCCUGCUCUACGCACAAUACUGCAUAAUGUCAAGGUGGAUUUUUUUUUUUACAUUUAAAAAUGGAAGGCUGACAUUUCUUAAGUAUUCAAUCCCUUUGUUAUGGCAAGCCUAAAUGCAUUCAGGAGUAAAAAUUUGCUUAACAAUUCUCAUAAGUUGCAUGUACUCUGUGUUCAGCACUAGUGGUUAACAUUACCUUUGAAUGAUUACCCUGUCUGUACCCCACACAUACAAUUAUUUUUAAGGUCCCUCAAUUGAGUAAUGAAUUUCAAGUACAGAUUCAACCACAACACAAAGACAAAGGUUUUCCAAUGCCUUGCAAAUAAGGUUACUGAAUGGUAGAUGUGUUAAAAAAAAUUACACUGAAUAUCCCUCUGAGCAUGGUGGAGUUAUUAAUUAGUCACUACAAACAUACAGGCGUCCUUCCUAACUCAUUUGCCGGAGAGGAACGAUACCACUCAGGGAUUUAAAACAGUUACAGAGUUUAAUGGUUGUGAUGUGAGAACUGUGGAUAGAUCUUCAACAUUGUAGUUACUCCACAAUACUAACCUAAAUGACAGAGUGAAAAGAAGGAUGCCUGUACAGAAUAAAAAAUAUUCCAAAACAUGCAUCCUGUUUGCAACAAGGCACUUAUUACUGCAAAAAAAUGUGGCAAAGAAAGGUACUUUUUUGUCCUGAAUACGAAGCAUUAUAUUUGGGGCAAAAACACAUCACUGAGUACCACUUGUCAUAUUCUCAAGCAUGGUUUUGGCUGCGUCAUGUUAUGUGUAUGUUUGUCAUCGGCAAGGAGUGGGGAGUUUUUGGGGAAAAACAUGUAUGGAAUAAAGCUAAGCACAGCAAAAUCCUAUAAAAAACCUUGUUCAGUCUGCUUUCCAACAGACACUGGGAGAUAAAUUCACCUUUUAGCAGGACAAUAACCUAAAUCACAAGCCCAAAUCUACACUGGAGUUGCUAACCAAGACAACAGAAUGUUUCUGAGUGGCCUAAUUACAGUUUUGACUUAAAUCUGCUGAAAAAUCUAGGGCAAGUCUUGAAAAUAGCUGACUAGCAAAGAUCUAUAACCAACUUGAGCUUGAAGAACUUUAAAAAAGAAUAAUGGGCAAAUAUUAUACAAUGCAGGUGUGCUUAGUUCUGAGACUUAAUAAAGAUAUAUUAGCGUUUUAGUUUACAUAUUUUUAUGUUAAAACAAUUCUUCCACUUUGACAUUACAUAGUAUUUUGUGUAGAUCAAUGACGACAAAUUAAAAUUAAAACAGUUUCAAUCCCACUUUGUAACAACAAAAUGUGGGGAAAAUAAAGGGGUGUGAAUACUUAAGACACUGUAUACAAUGACAGCUUUUAUAAUCUUUGCACUGUAUGAUUUGUAUUUUUAUGUAAAAUGCAAAUAAAAUUAAAACAAAAAUGUGUGG